UAGCUCUAAUCACUCCGAAUGCGUUCACUACAAGAGAAGGGAGGUCCUAUAAAAGUAUAAAUCCACCCAAACACCCCACACAAGUUCCAUAACUUUAAUACUAUUCCACACUAUUACUCUCAAAUCCAACAAACAAUAACAAAAAAUGACUUCAAAACUCUCUUUUUCUCACUAUUCCCACAUUCCUCUCCCAACACUCAUCACACUACUACUCAUCUUCCUCCUCUCAUCCACCCAAUCAUCCGCCUCCGUCGCACCACCAAAAAAGGGAUCACAACCAACCCACCGAAAACCAUUCGCCAAAGUCUACGCCUUUGGCGACUCCUACACCGAUACUGGCAACACAGUAUCAGCGACAGGACCAUCAGGGUUCAACUUCGUUUCUAACCUUCCUUAUGGCGUCACAUACUUCCACCACCCCACCAACCGCUACUCCGAUGGCCGCUUAGUCAUCGACUUCGUUACCCAAACCCUAUCCCUUCCGUUCCUCCCCGCUUAUCGCUCCGGCGGGGGAUUCUCCAACGGUGUAAACUUCGCGGUGGCAGGGUCGACAGCGAUAGAGCAUAGAUUCUUUGUUAAGAACAAUCUCACCUUUGACAUUACCCCUGAGUCACUUGGGACUCAGUUGAGCUGGUUUAACAAGUAUUUGGAAAAGCAAGGUGGGUGUAGUGGGAAUGAUCCGGUGAGAUGCGUUGCAUUGUUUAAUGAUGCACUGAUUUGGGUUGGAGAAAUCGGAGCCAAUGAUUAUGCUUAUUCUGCUGAGACUGGCGUAAGCAAGAGUCUCAUUCAGAAUUUGGCCAUUACAAGGAUUUCUAACUUCCUUGAGGCAAUACUAAAGAAAGGAGCAAAACAUGUAGUCGUACAAGGCUUACCUCCUACAGGAUGCCUAACACUAGCAAUGUAUUUGGCUCCAACAAAUGACAGAGACGACUUAGGCUGUGUUCGAAGCUCCAACAACCAGAGCUACACCCACAACACCCUCCUCCAAGCCAAAAUCCAUAACCUUAGAAAGAAGUUCCCUCAGUCGAACAUUAUCUACGCUGAUUACUACAAUGCAUACCGCGAUAUCAUGAAGAGCUCGAGCAAGUAUGGGUUCAAGGAGGCCUUCAAGGUGUGUUGUGGGUCCGGGGAACCCCCCUACAACUACGGUUUCUUCUCCGUGUGUGGGUCCGCCACUGCAAAGUCGUGCCCCAACCCUUCUCAGUACAUAAAUUGGGAUGGGGUACACUUGACUGAAGCCAUGAAUAAGGCUGUAUCAGGAUUGCUCCUGCAAGGAGGGUACUCUCAUCCUUCGUUUCUAGACUUGCUUAAUAAGAAGGGACAUGUAUGAGUUCUCUCGAGUUUUACAUAUUACCAAUAGUAUUCACUUCGGGCCUUUUAGGGUUCAGGGGCCUUGUAAGUUUAGCUUGUACUUGGAUUAUUAUUGUUUCCAGACACUCCAAUAUGAAUCAAAGAAAUAAGAGUGAUUUGUUAGGUGAA